AUGACGAUAGCAGCAGCAGAAGCAGCAACAACAACCACAUCAUCUCCAGCAUCAUCAACAACAGCCUCAUCAUCCCAAUCAUCGUAUCACAUACAAACAUUUUCCACGAGGUCUUACCUCACAACAUCCAGCAUAGUCCUAAUGAUCGUCGCCAUCACUGUGGCCGUAUUCAUAUACUGCUUCGUUAAGAAAGUUAAAUCCGGUAAGAAAGAAAUGAAGAAGGAGUGCUCCAUUUUUGUCGAGCCGGUCUCGCAACAACAACCGCAACCACAUCGACAACAGCUAACGCAACAGCUGCAGCCGCAACAGCUGCAACAUCAACAGCUGCAGCAACAAAAACAGCAGCUACAGAAUAAUGAAUCGUUGUCUAGAACGGCCUCGCCACAGCAACAGCAGCAGCAACAACAACAUCUACAACAGAAACAACAACAAAAUCAGCAAAAUUUAGCUGAAGUUUUGUACUGCAACACGCAACAACAACAACAGAGUCGAAAACUCAAAAACAGCACCAAACCACCAUCCCUACAAACGCAUCCAAACGAGCAUGAUAUAUGCGUUCGACAACAACAACAAACUAAACAACAACAUCAACAACAACAACAACAACUUCAAAAGCGACAACUACCACUGCAUGUAGAAACAUUUCGAGCUGAUAUCAACUCUCAGGGCAUGUACGAGAAGCAGAAGAGACUGGAGAACAAAAAGGGUGACGACGCAAAUGAUGAAGAUGCUGAUGAUGAUGCUGGCACCGGGAAAAAUGGCGUGAAAGAAAACAAAAAUGGCGUCGGCCGGGAUGAUGAUGAUGACGACGAUGAUGAUCGAAACCAAAAUGGCGGCCAAACGAUAAUGACUAUGACGUCAUCAAACUUUGAAGAGAUAGAAACUGUAUUUUAG